AUGCCGACAAUUUCCUCGGUUUUUUCUUCUGUUGAAACGCCGUCCCGCUGCGAAAUCUUUUGCGAAAUCCUGAUCGCGAUUCUGCUCCCUCCUUUGGGGGUCUGCUUGAGGCAUGGCUGCUGCACGAUGGAAUUUUGUAUUUGCUUGCUUUUGACUUUUCUAGGUUACAUUCCUGGUAUAAUCUACGCCCUCUAUGUCAUUGUGUUUGUGGAUCGUGAUGAGUACUUUGAUGAGCACAGGCGUCCUCUCUAUGCUAGCUAUUCGUGAUCCAUGGAUCUUCCUUCCUUUGAUGCAGUGUGUAUUUACAAUUUUAUUAUUCCCUCUGGGAUCAGUAUGUUGUGCUUAAUUUGUAUUCAGUAUCGAUAAAAUACUGAGAUUGGCCGUGGAAUGGAGACCUUGAUCCUCAAAUCUGAUUUGUUAUUGUUAUGAAAUGUGAUUGGUUGUUUUUAUUUAUGAUCA